AUGCGACCCUUUGCAGGGGCAGCCGCUCGUGUGACGUCGCAGAAGAGCAUCAUGGCAGCGGCAACCCGAAUAGCGAUGCCCCGAAUGGCCAUGCGACAAUAUCUACACAGCCGCCACGCAGCUUCUUCUGCUACCCACCGCCUAUACUCGACAUCCCCGCAGCCUCCGCCGCCGCCGCCGCCGCCGCCGUCCGACAAAGACACGAGCACGCCCCGCGACGCCAGCCUCCCCUCGACGGCCGAGAGCCGGCGCAGCGCCCUCAACGCCAAGUUCAGCUCGGCCAUGGACCGUCUGCAGGCGCGCGCGCUGACGGCCUCGCAGACGCUCAACGACGUGACGGGUUACUCGGCCAUCGAAUCCAUCAAGUCCGCCAACGACGCCAUGGAGCGGUCGCUGGGCGCUGCGCAGGAGGCGGUGCGCGCGGCGCGCUCGGCCUACAAGACGUCCAACGCCAAGCGCGCGGCCACGCAGCGCGAGGUGACGACGCUGCUCGCACGUAAAGACACCUGGUCGCCCGCAGACCUGGAGCGCUUCACGGAGCUGUACCGCGCCGACCACGCGCUCGAGGGCGCCGUGGCGGCCGCGCAGGAGGCCCUCACCGAGGCCGAGGCCGAGGAGCAGAGCCUGAAUCAGAGGUUGAACGCGGGGAUCCUGAAGCGCUACCACGAGGAGCAGAUCUGGAGCGACCGCAUCCGCCGGGCGAGCACAUGGGGCACCUGGGGCCUCAUGGGCAUGAACUUUGUGCUGUUUGUGCUGCUGCAGUUCUUUGCGGAGCCGUGGCGGCGCAGGAGGCUGGUGCGCGGCAUGGUCGAGCACGAAAAGGACGUACUCGCGGGCGUCCGGACGGAGAUGGAGGCCCUGCGGGCCGACUUUGAGCACAAGAUGGACGCGGUGCUGGAGGCUGGUCGGGAGAAGAAGACGUCGUCGGAAGUGUCGCUUGCGGAGGAGGCUGUGCCGGCGCAGAUAACUGCGACGACCACAUGGGGUGAGUUCCUACAAGACCCCGCGAAGUGGAAGCUGGCGGCCGUCGACCUCUGCAGCGAGAGACGGGUUGAUCUCCGCAUGAAGGACGCCUCGACGCUGGUGCUCCAAGGAGCCGUGGCCGGCGCCGCCAUUGUCGGCAGCAUAGCCCUGUUGGCUACCCGCUAG